AUGGCCACUUCCAGUGUGGUGAGAAACUCGGAUAGUUCCUCCUCAUCUACCGGCUUUACACCAGCAGCUGUCCUUAUAACACACAUCACUCGCCGUACUUUGCCCAGCCAUUAUCGCCCUCGCCCCUCACUUCCUCCUUUAGCACUGUUGACACUGUUGAUAUUAGCUAGCACUGUACCACUCUUGAAUACGGCUUUCGCGAUCGCUUAUACACCCAUCUCAUACCCUGCAACAGCCAUUCUUGGGUCACGUCUCUACAUCUAUGGCGGUAUCACGGACUUAUCCUCACCCUUAACUUCAUACACUUCUCAAUUCGCCACAUUAUCAUUGACUAACGGAUUUGAUACGGACGAUGAUUUACCUUGGGAGUAUCUUCCAGGCAAUAUUGCCACAGGGCUAGCACCAGGAUCCCCAAGUCGUGAUCAGAGGCGGUUCAUUAUUGGAGGAAGUAGAAACAAUCUGGGCAAGGCACCAGCUCUGAUCUUUGAUUCCACAACGCGAACAUGGUCUCAGACUGGAGAUCUUCCGAAUGCAGGCCGUGGAACCGAUAACAAUGAUGAGAUGCAGAAUUACAGGCGCGACACACCUGAUAUGGCGCUAGAUACAUCCACGGGUGCUCUGAUUCAGUUUGGAGGAAGUAACGCAACACAUUUUGCUACCAACGCGUUAACAGUGUUGGAUACGAACAGACCGUCAAAUAUGAUGAAUUGGUCCUAUACUGGAUAUCUAGAGUCUGUUCCAGAAUUGUAUGCGCCCAUUGUCCUUUAUGCUCCUAAUAAUCGAUUGACGUUGAUUAUGGGUGGAUGUGAUCAAGUGAAUAAUGCAACCAACGCUAGCACUAGCAUUACUGUCCCUACACACUGUGCUACAUUCGACACCCUAUAUGCCCUUGCUACUGAUAGUAUAGCGUCUGGAAAUCCAAAAGUAACAAGACUGAAUGUGGAUACAACGGAUGAAAAAACUGGACAACCAGCAGAGAUUCCAGCACCAAGAGUGAUGCCUUGUACAGUGGUGAUGCCAGAUGGUAAUGUGUUGAUGAUGGGAGGUGGUAGCCCAGGGGUUGAUUCGAAAGCAAUGUCCGACGCUUGGAUUUUGAACACACAGACUUGGCGUUGGUCCCGACGUGAGAUUGAGGAUUUUCCAGAGAAUGGGAUCAUGGGCCAUAGUUGUCAGGUUGCAAGUAAUGAUCAGAUUUUGGUUAUUGGAGGACACACUAGUGAUGGUUUUGUAAAAAACCCACUGUCGGUUAUCAAGACCCGAAAAUGGGCCUGGUCGAACCAUUACUUUGUACCUGGUUUCUCGACAGCUGUCAAGAUUGGGCUAAGUAUGAGUAUUGUUGUUGUCAUUGGAGCCAUUAUUGCAGGGCUAUGGAUACGAUGGCGACGGAACAAGAUGAGUGCACUCAAGGAAACACAGAAUCAAGAUGAACACGGCAUCAGGAUGAAGACCUCUAAAGGAGACAGAAGAUCUAGUGGCGGUACUGAUAAUCAUCAUAGAAAGCAAUCACUUUCACAACAUCACCACCAAUCAUCCUCAACAAGAGUAGAGGAUCGCCAUCAUCGCGAGCAUGGCGCGCCAUUAGAAGGAGCAGAAGUUUAUCCUGAGAAUGGACGCCCCCUUUCAAAUGAUAUUCCACGAUUGGACUUCACGUUGGUGAACGAUGAGCGCUCAGGCAGCGCAUAUGGCCAUCAUCUUCGGCAGCAGCAGCAACAGCAACCUCAUUUAGUAACGACUGAUCCCCUGGCACACUCACCUGUUGAAUCGUCAUCCAGUACAAUCGUGGACCAAGGUGUAUGGCCAGAACCAGAACAUCUGUAUGGUCUUAGUCAGGGACGCAUUCAAAAUCAUGAGACUUCUCAAAUAUAUGAACCAGAACGCGUUGAAAUAGACACCAACAACAGCGACAGCAGCAACAGCAACGAACAAGACAAAUUUGGAGACUAG